AAUCUCCCAUUGCCUUUCAACAGCCUGGAUCGGAGAAAGCAUGGGGUCCUACUGAAACGCAAAUCCAAUCGACUACAAAACGUCUUUAUGUCAAUACAUAUGCCCGCUAAAUAUACGUUUCGGUUGCUGUGCUUUGUAGUUACGAUUAUUCCGUGAUAUAAAUGUCCACCGUUCGAGAUCUGUCUGAUGAAAGUCCUUUCGAAACCGUGUAACAGGCCGGUAUCGUGAAGUUUAAAGUCAGCAUGACUCAUAAUGAGUAACACGUUACGAGGUAAAGUCUGGGCUUCUGUGACACAAGCGUUCAAACAGCCGAUGGCUCUCAUAAGACGAAUGAUAACAAAGCUGCUCCAUCGAGUGUUGAUGAGCUCGCUGCCGUCACCGAAGAUGAUGAUGACCGGUCAAACCACAGCCGACUGGACCAGAAGCAAAAUGGUUGUGGGGCUGGGAAACCCUGGCAUGAAUGGCUCUCGACAUAGUGUUGGGAUGGCUGCGCUCGCAGCGUUGGCUGAACGUUUGGGAGUUACAGACAGCUGGAGAUCUGACCGGCAGGUUUCAGGGGAAGUCAUUGUGACACAGCUUCAAGAUAUCAAGCUGAUUCUCCUUCGACCCAAGCUGCUCAUGAAUGUGAAUGGUGUGAGUGUGGCAAAAGCAGCCAGCAAAUAUUUAAUUUCACCCGAACAUAUUCUCCUGAUUCAUGAUGAGCUUGACAAACCACUUGGAAAGUUCGGUAUUAAACAUGGUGGAAGUGCAAGGGGUCACAAUGGUGUAAGGUCAUGUGUGGACUGCCUUCAGACUGAUGUGAUGCAGCGGUUGCGUAUUGGUAUCGGCCGACCAUCGGGAAAAACGCCGGUUGACCGCUAUGUUUUGGGACGGUUUUCACAAGAGGAACAAAAUGUUCUAGACCCCGUCCUGAAGCAGAGUGUUGACGUUCUGCUGACAUGCAUCACAGAAUCCCAGUCCCAGACUUCUCCAGCAGAGGGAAGAAGAGCGUCACGCAGGAACAAAGCCAGGACUCUUUCACCUCCUCAGGACACCACAGAAGAGCAGAAACAGAGCUGACCUACACUUGAGAUGUUUGAUAACUGCGUUUCUUUUCUGAAGGAGUAGAGUUUUGUGAUGCUGUGCUUAGAUCCCCAGAAGAGGGAAGGACACUGUUUUUCAUAAAAGACAUUAAAAUAAAAUAGUAAUUUUUGAUAACUCUGUACUGAAAGCUUUGUUUGGUCUAUGUCAGAUUUUGAAGUUGAGCCUAUUGGGAGGCAGCAGCUUGCAGUUUGUGGUAUAUUAUACUAAACAAAUAUAUAUAACAUUGACAAAUUUGGGGGGAAAUGCAGAAGAUUCAAUAAAUUAGAAAUACCAAUGCAGUGUUUAAGCAAACAUUUAUAAUGCUUGACAACAAUUAUAAGUAAAUAUCAGAAACUUGAACAUGUGAGAAAAAAAUGAGAGGUUACAUCACAUCAUGUUACAUUAAAUAUCAGUGUUUUUCAGAAGCGCCUGUUUAAAACCUGGACAAGACUGAGCUCACUAUAAUUAUCAUUUAUUGAGUCAUUUCAUGUGAUUUGGUGUGUUCAUAAGUUCAUACGUUUUUCUUAUGAUGUUCAAGAUAGCUCUGUUACUUCACAAAUGUGUGCUUGAAUGAGAAUGCACCAGAAAUAUGUUGUUAAAUUAGCUUUUGUUCAUCCUUUUUGGAUCGAAGUUUAAAUCUACAACAAAAAAAAAAAGGGGUUUAAAAUAAAUAUGACGAAAAUAAAUAUUUCAGAUUCUAGGUAACAAGUAAAUUAUAUAGUUGAUCAUGUGGCUCUUUAUACAGACAUCUAGAUGAUCUUCAGUUGAAGCUCAAGAUGUUCUUUGGAUCAUCUCAAACCAUGCCUGAGUUCAUGUGGGUCAAGUGCUGUUGUCAUCAAAGCAAAACAGGCAAAUUUAAUUACAUUUUAUCCACUCAAAUAAAUCGCUUAUAACUUGCAAUAUGCUUUAUGAAAUUAGAAAAAUUCUAAAAAGCGUUUUGCACCCCUUUAUGUCAUUAUUAUAAAUAUGUAUAACACACAUUUUGCUGUGGCCCAACAACAUGAACAAAUGUUUGGAAAGUA